GUUAUGAAAAAGCCAGAAUAGAAAACAAUUUCCUUACUACUGCCGAGCAAUUGGAAAAACAAAGCCAAGAAUAUUUAAAAGCAAUUGAGUUAGCCAAGUUUCAUGAAGAAAGGGGCAAAAUUAAGUGUGAACGUUAUCAGUGUUCGGAAAGCAAAAGAAUACAAGGGGAAAUUAAAGCACAAUUAUUUAAGGAUGAGACAAAUAAAAAAACAAUCAUGAUAGAAGGUGAAUGUAGUAAUUGUUAUGAGCAUAAAAAGGUGGAUACUGAAAGUGGUUUAUGUAAAAGGUGUUGUAGAGAACAAUGGGGAUAA